AAGCGUGAAGCCAGAGCGGUAGGGUGAGCUGGGAGGUAAACUUCAGCAGAAGGUUUGGUGCUUCCUUGCGUGCGAUGGCGCCCCCGGAGGCAUAGAAGUCCCGCGCCCGGGGCGAGCCACAGGAAUUCCCCUUCAGCUGUGUCCGACCGAGAGUCCUGGUCACUGUGAACAUGUUGGUGCCGCUAACCAAGCUGUCCUGCCCGGCAUAUCAGUGCUUUCAUGCCUUAAAAAUUAAGAAAAACUAUAUACCUCUGCGUGCUACAAGAUGGUCUUCAACUUCCGUUGUACCACGAAUUACUACCCACUAUACUGUUUAUCCCCGGGAUAAGGACAAGCGAUGGGAAGGAGUGAGUAUGGAGAGGUUUGCAGAAGAAGCGGAUGUAGUAAUAGUCGGUGCCGGCCCUGCAGGGCUCUCUGCCGCUGUUCGUCUCAAGCAGCUGGCUGCUCAGCAUGAAAAGGACAUCCGUGUGUGUCUGGUGGAGAAGGCUGCUCAGAUAGGAGCUCACACUCUCUCAGGGGCUUGCCUCGAUCCGCAUGCUUUUGAAGAACUGUUCCCAGACUGGAAGGAGAAGGGAGCUCCACUUAACACUCCUGUAACAGAAGACAGAUUUGGAAUUUUAACAGAGAAACAUAGAAUUCCUGUGCCAAUUCUUCCAGGUCUUCCAAUGAAUAAUCACGGCAAUUACAUUGUGCGCUUGGGACAUUUAGUGAGCUGGAUGGGGGAGCAGGCAGAAGCCCUUGGCGUUGAAGUCUACCCUGGUUAUGCUGCUGCCGAGACAACUUUUGAGAGAGGACUAGAACUACAUGCCAAAGUUACAAUUUUUGCAGAAGGUUGCCAUGGACAUUUAGCCAAGCAGCUAUAUAAGAAGUUUGAUUUGAGGGCCAAUUGUGAACCCCAAACCUACGGAAUUGGACUGAAGGAGCUAUGGAUUAUUGAUGAAAAGAAGUGGAAGCCUGGGAGAGUAGAUCAUACUGUUGGCUGGCCCUUGGACAGACACACUUACGGAGGCUCUUUCCUCUAUCACUUAAAUGAAGGUGAACCGCUGGUAGCUCUUGGUUUUGUGGUUGGUCUAGACUAUCAAAAUCCAUACCUGAGCCCGUUUAGAGAGUUCCAGAGGUGGAAACACCAUCCCAGCAUUCAGCCAACACUGGAAGGUGGAAAAAGGAUCGCAUAUGGAGCCAGAGCUCUCAAUGAAGGUGGCUUACAGUCUAUACCAAAACUCACCUUUCCUGGUGGUUUGCUAAUCGGUUGUAGCCCUGGUUUCAUGAAUGUUCCCAAGAUCAAAGGUACCCACACAGCAAUGAAAAGUGGAGCUUUGGCAGCAGAAUCUAUUUUUAAUCAACUAACUAGUGAAAAUCUCCAAUCAAAGACAAUAGGACUCCAUGUACCUGAAUAUGAAGACAAUUUGAAGAAAUCAUGGGUGUGGAAAGAGCUGUAUAGUGUUAGAAAUAUAAGACCAUCCUGCCAUGGAAUCCUGGGGCUUUAUGGAGGGAUGAUUUACACAGGAAUCUUUUACUGGAUACUUAGAGGAAUGGAGCCAUGGACUCUAAAACAUAAAGCUAAGAUGCUGAACAACAGCUCGACCUGGAGCUGGGCUGCUGUGGCUACAGGAGUUUAUGAAUUUGUCCCUUUGGAACAAGGUGAUGGAUUUCGGUUACAGAUAAAUGCUCAGAACUGCGUGCAUUGUAAAACAUGUGAUAUUAAAGAUCCAAGUCAGAAUAUUAACUGGGUGGUACCCGAAGGUGGUGGAGGACCUGCUUACAAUGGAAUGUAAAAUGCAACUGAUUUCAUUUGCAGAUGCUGAGGACAAAAUGAGAAGAUAUAGUUCCUGAAUUCAUGGAGCCUACAGUCUGUUGGGGGAAACCAUUAAAUAAUCACUAAAUAAAAGUAUGAUUAAAAAG